CACGGGUAAUGUCUGACAAAAUGCAGUCAUAAUUAUAUCUUGUUUGCACUGUAUUGUGCCAGAUACAUAACCAAGGUUUACGGAAAAAGCUGGAAAAAGGAAUUCCAAUUUCAUUGGGUUCAAGUGAGGAAAGGAAGUAAACCUUAUUUAACAAGAAAGCAGAACAACAAUAUUUAUCGUAUGUUUGCUGUUUUUCUUACGCAAUCCGAGCAUUACUUAAUGUACCUUAAACAUUCAGGUCUAGGGAUUAAUUUUUAAUGCAUUAUUUACAAGUUGUUUUCUUUUUAGGGUAACGAUGCCUAGUUACGGUAAACACUUCCGUAAAUACUACAGUGACUCUGAGUCACCUUUAUUUCAAGCUCUGGGAAGCCUUAUGAACCCUGGACCUUCACUCAUGGAGGGGCUCAAGAUGGCGUUGGUGAAAAGAACAGGCCAUCUAGAUCCAAGAAAGUACAUUCAGUAUGAAAUUCUGGACAAGUUUACAGAAGAAGACGGCAGCACCCCUCUGUACGUCGCUCGUGGGUCCGUCUCUCCCACCCCUUCUGGAUGGCCAAUCCCACACGACGCGCCGUACAAGGCUCACUUGGACAGGUUGAUCGUGGCCACCUUGGAGGCUGGCCUCUAUGAUAAGUGGACAGCAGACUUGAUGAGGGAGACGAAGCUCAGGAGUCAAAGGAGACAACGGCAACAUCACGCUGCAGGUCACGAAGGCCAGGCAGAACCAAAGGCCGUAAAUGAGGAUGGUCUACCAACCCUCACCAUUAACCACACGCAGGGCGCCUUCAUCCUCCUCCUGCUGGGUCUCGUCUUUAACACACUCAUCUUUUUCAGUGAACUGCUAUUAUACGUCACACCAGCUGAACUCUGCAACAUCAACACUCCUGAUGUUGAAGUACCAUAA